AUGUUCGACAUCACCAAGAUCUUUGCUGUGUACGCUGUCAUCAUGGCCGUUUUCGACAAAGGCGCGCAUGCCGAGAAAGAAGUCGCCGAGACGUUUGGAUUGGUCGGUGGCCACUCUUUGGGUGCAGGCGUUGGCCUCGGAGGCGUCGGUGCAGGAGUCGGCCUUGGCGGUGUCGGUGUAGGUGUUGGAGCCGGCUUGAACACUGGUGUCGGCUAUCCUGGUGUCGCCGGGUAUCCCGCUGCGGGUGGCGUUGUGUACCCUGGUGUUGUUGACGUGACCGGCAACCCUGUAGUCAGUGGCCAAGAUGUCAACGUUCGUACCGGCGGUGGCAACGGCAACUCGGUCAAGACAUCGACUGUGACGACUGUCGACGGUACUAGCUCUGGAACGGCGUCCACUGGCACGAGCACAGGCGGAGGAUCGGCAAACACUGCUGCACAUGCGAAUGCAAGUGCGAAUGCGAAUGCCUACGCAAGUGCGAAUGCGGAUGCUGGGGCAAAGACCGGAACCAACGUUGGUGAGACAAUGACUGGAACUAGCGAUACUUCUGAAAACGUGUACCGCAAGCUUCGCUCGGAGAAGUGA